AUGUACGAAAUGAAGCGUGUCAGCUUCCGCAAAGGAUGGAUCAGCGCUGGACGGGCCAUCCGACUGAUACACCUACUGAAACUUCAUGAAAUUGACAUGCCAGCUGGCCUGAAUGACAAAGAUCCUUUGGUUGAAGCACAGCAGAGCGAGAACACGUUGACCGUGAUCGAAGAACGCAGGAGAACCUUCUGGAUGGGCUACUUUCUAGACCGUAUGGUGAACUUGGUAAACCAAGUACCUUUUACCAUCAGUGAACAAUCGGUAGGUCCAGGUCGUUUGAUGUGUGGUAUCCUUGUUGAUGCACAACAGAUCUUGACACGACUGCCCGCGCCCGAAGAACACUUCCAGGCAGGACGUCUGGUAGACGGCGCCUUCCUUUUCGAAGUCCUGCGAGGUACCGACAAGCGUAAACUGUCUUCCUUCAACAAUCUUCUCAUCCUCGUGACGCUCUGGGGUAGAGGUCUCCUAUCCCGCCAUCGACAGCUGAUUGACCGCUUCUACGGAAACGAGAGUGCAGAACCAGAAUUCUACCACCGCUUGCAGUGGCUCGAGAGUAUAAUUGCUCAGAGUGAACAGAUCAUGGCUGCACAUGGCACGUACAAUACCGACAGUCUGGACUCUAUGCUCUUGUUCACAAACAUGGUGGCGCAUGCCAUGUUGGUCAGCCUCUGCAAAGCGGGAAGUAAUGGCCGUAGGGAUGCUCUUAGCAACAUGAGCACCAGCAACGUGAUCAAUGGCUACGAAGGCAGUACGUCGAAGGCCAUCACAGAAAUGCUGAAUCUAUCGACUGCACUCUGUCAUUAUGGUCAAUCGAAUGUGAGCAAAGAUUUCCAUCAUCUUUCUCGUUCAAAUACUAAUUGA